GUGCCUCCUCCUACAUGCAUGGUCUGUCUGUUGAUAACUUGUGGUGCAGCACAGAUCUAUAGUAAAUUGAUUAAACAUGUACCCAAUACCUCAAGGUAUGCCAACUUCUCAAUGGAAAUUUACCCAGAAUUGUAGUGUGUGACAUUAGUGAUAGAGUCCUGAGAAGUAUGGCUGGUUUGACAGAGAGGAACACCUGUGCCACUACCAAGAGGGAAUUAGAGGUGGCAGCCAAGUGUGGUGUCUCCAACGGUCAGCAGCUCACCGACAGUCUCUUACACCUAACCCUUGACUCAGACCUCUCUAGUUUCAUAAUUCCUACCAAGUCAUCAACAACCUCAACUGCAACACGUAAUUCAUUAGCCUUGCCCUACACAACUUUCCAGCAAGGACAUUCUAACAGAGCCCAUCUAGCCGAAUAUUCUUCCUCUAUAAACCAAAGCAACGGCCAUAGUACAAAUAAUAGUCAAUUUUACAGUCUAAGUGCAAAUAGUUUAAGUGGUGGUAAGUGUUGUGGGAACUCUGGUGUAAGUGGUGUUGGUGUAGCUAAGAUCGUUGGUGGUGGUCAAGGAAAGGAAGAUCAAGAAAGUGACUAUCUGUCUCAGCUUCAAAAGGCAAUCCAGCACCUUUGUAUCUUUGAACUCAAAGGAGACAGUAACGUUCGCCCGUCGCCCCUUAGUUCUAGCGAAAACGAACUAGGUGGCAAAUCCUGGUGUAGUGGAGCAUCCUUCAGAAUGGUGUUGCCUGCACGUGGCCAGAAUACAGGGAACGUUGUCAAGUCACAUAACACCACCACACCAUCCAAGAACUCGGCAAACAAGAAUAAGUCGAGUAAUCAUAACAACAACAGUAAUAACUCCAACAAUAACAGUAACAGCAGUAAGAAUAAGAACAUUAAGAAUACUGAACCAGAGGAUCAACGUAAUAACUGCUGUGUCACCAACAAGAGAGAUAAGUCAUCACCAAAGAAGUAUACCAACUCGGCUACAUCAUCUGGUAAAGAGGAGGAAGAAGAGUUGAAGGCCCCUGGUCACCCUCCUCCAAGCAAAGCAGUUGAUGCAAAGGAGGUCAAGAAACUCUUGGAGGAUGCCCUAUGGAAGAGCCAGCAACAAAGUAGCAAGGACAGCAGUGAAGGUGCAGAGUCAGUGAACAGUGGAGGAUGCGACACUGGCUAUUCUUCGCGAUGUUCUACUCCUCCCAGCCCCCCGAGUCUCCCCCCAGAUCAGACCUCCAAUUCUGCCGACCCCAAACAUGGCACCAAACGGCAUCUUGAUGUUCCUGUAAAAAGCAGUAAUGCGAAUAGCAGUAGCACCAAUGGGACCCGGGAGUCACGAAGUGAAUCUCCUAGUGCCUGUAGCGUCAGUUCUCAGGGAUCUUACCGAAACCCACGUCAGAAGCGGCGGUACAAUAGCCACCAUGUCGAAGGUUACGGUAACCGUUGCCACAGUAAUGGUCACUAUCACCAUAAUCAUCAUCAGCAACACCACCACAGCCAGCAGCAGCAGUACCCAAAUCAUUACCCUUAUAACCAGCAAGGGGGUGGUUAUGGUGGUGGUUGUGGUCGUGGAAACAACCAGUAUUACCACUACUUGGACCAUGUCCCUCGAGAUUGCACGAACUACCAUGGCCGGCGAUAUGAUAGGGGAUACAUGUACAAUUGUUACCAAGGCCACUACAACUAUUACGGAAGGGAUGUGAACCAAUACAAUAGUGGGGAUGGUUACAGGUAUAAUCAUGGGAGGGGGGGAUACAAUAACAGAUAUCAUAACAAUCAAAGGAACUACUAUAAUGAGAAUUUCCCGCCUUUGGACGGUGGUAAUGUAAGGGACCAAAGUAAAUCUAUACUCAGUGACCGAGCUGGAACAUUCAGUAAUGAUUGUGUCAGUGAUAACAAGCACUGGAAAUGUGAAGUUACAACCACUCCCAAAGAACUGUUAACUGGAUCAGAGUGGGAUGGUCUUUCUCAACAAGUGUGGGACACAUUUUGCAAGCAUCAACAGACAGACAAAACAUUUUUCAAGAAGUUGAAAUUGAAGGAAAAGAUUUUUAAAGUGAUACGGAAUGUGCUGCCCAAUUGUCGGUUGUAUGUUGUUGGGUCUUCGUUAAGUGGAUUUGGUGCCGAUUGGAGCGAUGUAGAUAUGUGUCUGAUGGUUACAGCGGGAGACCUCGAUCAGCGCAACGAAGCUACAGUCGUGCUUAGUUUGCUUCAGCGUGAAUUAAAUAAUUGUGGCUCUACUCAGAAAAUGGAGCUGAUCCGAGCCAAGGUACCAAUCCUAAAGUUCCGCGAUGCUCAAACCCUCGUUGAUGUGGAUCUCAAUUGUAAUAAUGCUGUGGGAAUCCGCAACACUCACCUUCUUCACUCGUACUCACAAUUGGAUUGGCGGGUACGUCCUCUAGUCUUGGUGGUGAAGUUAUGGGCACAGCAUCACAAUAUCAAUAAUGCCAAGGACAUGACUAUAUCAUCAUACUCUUUGGUUUUAAUGGUGAUACAUUAUCUGCAACAUGGUGUUCAACCUCCAGUUUUGCCUUGUUUGCAGAAAAGUUUUCCAGAUAAAUUCCAUGACAACGCUCCGAUAAUGAGUAUUCCCAUCACUGAAAGGAUGCCCACAUUCACCUCCAACAACCAUGAUACAUUGGGACAGCUUUUUCAUGGUUUCCUCAAUUAUUUUGCUAAUACUUUCACGUAUAUUGAGGAUACGAUCUCAGUCAGAACAGGAGGCACUAUACCCACAGCCAAGUGCCGAGCGCACAGAACCCGCAAGAAUGAUUCAAGAAUGUGGAAAUACCUCUGCAUAGAAGAACCUUUUGAUCGGACCAACACAGCCAGAUCUAUGUAUGAUGAAGAAGUUUUUGAAAGAGUGAAAAAGGUGUUUGCUGAUUCUUACAAACUCUUAAAUGAGAAAAGGGACCUUUCAGCCAUCAUGUGAAGAAAAUCAAGGCUUGAGAAGGAUGCAGUGAUAAAUGAAUAUAAUAUGAUGAGUUGAGGCUAUGUUACCCCACACAAUCAUCAUAUGAGCACCUUUCCUAAUAACUGUAGAGGCAUCUGCUAUAUCAAAAUUCUUGUUACAUGGUAGAACGCCACAUCAUAUUGGGUUAGUGCCUUGAAGAUGGGCCGCGUCUUCAGUGAGUUUUCCUUAAAUGUUUCCUAAAUUUUGUGAUGCUUUCGUCAUUACUGAGCUAUCUUGACAUACAUAGUUUUUUGAAGGAAUAUGUUAUAUGUUUUGACAAUAUGAAAAUUUAUUUAAAAGUCUGAAAAGAGAUUUUUGGUUAUUCCUGUACUGUAUUUAAUGAAAGUUUUGAUAACUUGGACACCUAUGUUUAUGUACAUUAUUAGUAUUAAGAUUUGAAAGCUAUUUAUUGUCCUUAUAAGCAAAUUUGCUGAAGGUCAUCUUGAACAAGAAUUGCCAGUUGAGCAUAGGCUGUACGCUCUCUCACCAUGUACAGCACGUUUGUCAUUUCUCAGGCAGUAUGGUAGGGGCUAGAUAUAACAUCACUGUUGAGGAUUCAGAAUGUUUAGGCUGUGAUAAGUUUUAGCAUUGCAUUCAGUGAAGAUGUAUUCUGUAUAUAAAAACAAAGCCAGGGUGAGAGUUUUUUUGCUUUAGUUUAUAAUUUACUUAUCACUCAUUGCUGUGAGAAAACUCAUUAUGUGGAUGCUGAUGUUGAGGGAUAUGGGAAUGUACUAAUAUCAUUACCAAUCAUGCUUUCAAAGGGUAAAAUGAUAGCAGUUGAUAAGUAGGGGCACUUACAAAUGUGUAUUAAUUUUUGAAAAAAUUAAAAAAAUAUAAAUGAGAAAAUAUAUAAAAAUAUUUGUUCUUUUAUCAUGUACAGUAUUGGAGAUGUUUCUGUGUUUUUGUAUUACACAUCUCUGCCUUGGUAUUAGUUGAUAUAAAGGAAUAUAUAUAAAUUUACUUGUCAAUGAGUGAGUAAUAUAUAGUACUGUAGUUUAUCAAAUAUCUGGAAUGAGCAUGAUUCAUAGAAAAUUGUAAAUGACUGUGAACUGCAACAUAAGCAGUAAGGAAAAAAAGGUAAAAGACUGAAAUCAAAAAAAAUUUUGGAUGUUGCAAAAGGUUAAGGAUGCAUUCAGAAAUACAAAGCCUAUGUAGUAUAAAGAAUGAUGAUUGUUGUGCCAGACUUUUAAAUUUUUAUCCCUUCAAAGAGAAAUCUUCCUCAUUUCUUUGUCAUCAUCUUAAGUAUGUAAGGGAGUCUGUUGAUAUCUAUUUUUUAUGGGGGGAAAUUAUAUUGCAGAAAAUCUACUUUCUAAGAGAUUCACUCAGUUUUGUUUAUUUUCUCGGUGCAAAUCCAAAAGGCUUUAGUAAUUGCUUGUUGACGGCUUUUAAAGGGAUACCUGUCUCAUUUUAGUCACCAUCUUGAACAACGAAAGGAUUUUUUUUUUUUUUUUUUUAGGGGAAAAAAUUGUAUUGCAGGAAAUCCUCUCUUGCUUUCAGAGAAAUUUGCUGAAGUUGGUAUCUUUUCUUGGUGGAAAUCCUAGCACUUGAAAAGAAUGAAAAGAAUUGGAUAUAGAGGAAUGGAAUGUUGUUUGGAUAAACUACCUACUAGUGAAAAUUAAUAUUGGUCAUUAGGUAUCAUGUAUUUUACAUAUAUUUUCUAUAAUUAGAACAUCACAAAGAAAUCUAUGGUAAUCUUCUGAUUACAUCAACAAUUUUAUUUUAUGUUAUAUUUAUUUUGUGAUCUGGUCCAGUAGGAGAGAUGUCACUUUAUCUUUAUUGCUGGUGUUAUUUGAAAUAUUAUAAUAAUGGCAAUAAUACUAAAAUAUUUAAAUGCUUGUUUUUAAACCAGGAUUUUAUGACAUUUCUUCUUUUUUGUGGAAUGUUUGUGGUCAUUCAUGAUUUGAUUUUGAUAACUGGCCUUUCUCUAACUUCAUGAUCUGUGGAAAAGAAAUGUAUUUGAUCAUUUUAUUAUUGUCUAGAAUAUCUCAUUCAGGCUAUUUUUAUGUGACAUGAUGCAAGAGAGUAGCAGUAAGAGGAAAUAUUUGCAGAUUGCCUAUCAUCAAAUUUGCAUGUCAUUUAGAUAUGCUUGUGUUGUUUCUAGUUAAUUCAGCAUUUCCUCUUGGAAUACUUUUUCUUGUCUUGUCUUGGAUGUCUUCCCAAGACCUUUUAUUGUUGAAGAGUUGAAUUUGGGCUGGACAGGUGAUCAUCUGGUUGGUUUUUCUAUCAAAAAGAGAAAAAAAUUUUUUUUCACUUUGAUAGAUAGGACAUUUACUAUUUCUUGAAGGCUGCAACCAUAGAAUCUCUACUCCUGAUUGCAGAUGGUUAGCAGACCCAUCUUGUGACAGUAUCAGAUGAACUAACUACUCAUACACCAUUUGCACUUGUAAGUUGUGCUGGUAGUCUUUCAUGAAAGGAGAGGCUAUGUAGUAUACAUGUUUAUUUACCUGUAGGAAAUGCAGGAGGACAAGUGUAAAGUGUUUACUGGUAGGGAAUGCAGGAGCGGACAACAGUAAGUGUUUACUAGUAGGGAGUGCAGGAGGACAACUGUUAAGUGUGGUUCAGAACAAAUUUUGAGUCCCCUCUUCAUGUUUUUUGUUCAUAUUGAGGAUACAUGCUUUUCAGUAGUGUUACAAAAAUAUUCUUUUGAUUUGUCAACAGUCAACAGUAAAUAUCUCUCUCUCUCUCUCUCUCUCUCUCUCUCUCUCUCUCUCUCUCCUCUCUCUCUCUCUCUCUCUCAUAUGCUAAUUAUUUCAUGAAGGUAAACUGUUUUUUCCAUGGCUGUUAGAAUAUUUUAAAGGAAAAAGAUUUGGCAGGUGAAUGGAAGCCUCAAGUUCCCUUCCCCACCCUUUUUUCCCCAUCUGAAUAAUCUUGAGGUAGUGGUUGUGAAGGAUGCCAUGAAAGAAAGUUUGUUUUAAGCAGUCUGACAAGUUUUAGCUGUCUCUUUUCAAUUUAAAUUUCAUGGAGGUGACCUAUUUGAAAAUCCAUACUUCUCUAAAUGUCUAUUAACAGACUUGAAAUAGUUUUUGGGAGUGGUACAUAACUCAACCUGUUAGGCUUUGGUUUCGUUACAUAUCAUCGUAAUGUUAUGAAUUGUCUCAAAAUAUAGGUAAGAUGUGUAUAUUAAAGAAAAAUUAAUCAGGGCAGAAGAAAUUGGUCUGAUAGGGCAAAUGGCAAUGUUUUGUUUUGGUUUAGCAUCCAUUAAAUGCCCUGAUUUUUUUUUUUUUUUUUUUUUUUUGCCAAAGGUUACUGAAUUUUUUUCUUUAUGAAAUUUUCAUUAUGAAGAAUUUAAAGAUUUAAAGGUGUCUUGUGCUAUUUUAAAGUACAGAUUUUUGUUGCUGUUUAUUAUUAUUAUUAUUAUUAUUAUUAUUAUUAUUAUUAUUAUUAUUAUUAUUAUUAUUAUUAUUAUUAUUAUUAUUAUUAUUAUUAGUAUUAUUAUUAUUAUUAUAACAUACUUGUCAAGCAUAAUUUUCACUAGCUGUGUUUUUAUAUAAUAGUAGGUUUAAAUUUUGAAAAAAAUCAAGUUGUCUAGAAUGGAUUUAAAAUUUUUGGAGAACCUGUUCUCAUUCAAUUAACAUAUUGGUAAAGGUAACAGUCCUGGUGGCUAGUUACAUUGUCCAAAAUGCAACCCUGUGUAACAUUGACUGAAGUGCCUGAGAAGAUAACCUAUUUUCGUAUCCUUGGAUUAUGUGAUUAAGGGAAUUUAUUUCAAGCACAUUUAUGUAUGACAUAUUAACAUGCUCUCUGGUAAGUUUUGAUGCUGUCUUGACUUAGUAAGAGGAUGAAAGGUAGAUUUAUUUUCAUCCUGCCUAAUUAAUAUUUGAUUACUGGGUUGGAGUAACAUCACCACCAUUGGCAUAUUAUUGUCCAUGGUUUAAUAUUGAUUGGAUGUGCAUGAAAAGGAUUCUUUGCUUGUUUAAUUGUUGUAUCUGUGUAACCACAGUAUUUUGGAGAUAAUUGAAAGUAUAUUAAAAAUAUUUAUUGCCUGAUUGUGUGCUGUGUACAGGUAUUGUUUUUUACUAUAACAAUUUUACUAUAACAAAUAUUUCACAAUACAGUACUGUAUAUUGCAGAUUAAUUGAUUUGCUUAAGAAUAGAAACAUAUAAGGUUUAUGGUAUGAUAUUGUAUAUCAAAUAUAUAUAUAUCCAGUAUGUGUAAGAAAACUGCAACAGUAUUUAAAUCUUUGGAGAAAAUUUAUCUGUAAGGUUAUCCCAUAAUUUUUAUGUAUUCCAGAUAAGCUCAUUAUAGAUAGCAUGGACCAUAUUCUUUAAGUCUUUGAUCUUGACAGUUAGAUGUUCUGUAUGUGUUGGAAAAGAUAUGCCAUCUGUUUUUGUGCAAGUUUAAGUUGAAUUGGCAUGAGUUGCCUCUCUUAAGUAACAACCAUUGUGACACAUUCCCACAGUACUUUUGGUUUGGUUGACUUCAGGGAGGCUGAGUUUGGCAUUUGAAUCUUUUCUGGUUGAUGCUUUUCUCAGGUUGGGGGGAAAGUUAUCCCUAAGCUUGUGAAGUCUUGCUUGAGAAAUAUAUGGUUGUGUUUAUAUUUUACACUUCAAAUAGUGUCAAGUAUGCCAUAUAUUUUUUGUUGUUUUAUUUUUUCUUGUAGGUCCACUAAAUUUUUGAAUAAUUUUUUUGACCUUAGCAAGUGAUGAAUGAUUUUAUUGACCUUAGUGAGUGAUGUUAGAGAUUUGCUCAUCAUUGCGGCCAUCUGCCCAAACUAUCUGAAGUUAUGGUCAUGACUGUAUUAGCUAUCCAUAUUUAAUGUUCAUAAUCUGUGUGUGGGCCCACAAACUGCCCGUCUGCAAAAUUAGUGUUAGCAGUAUUCACCAGUAUUGCCAUUUGUGUUCACAACCAGCAGGUGUUUCGUGCUUUGUGACACAGGAAAGGCUCUUCUAUUUUAUUGUGCGUUGGUGGUAUUUUAUGUGCUCUCAUAUGUCUGUGUGGUUUCCAUCCCUACACCAGAAAAAGGGCAUAUUUCCUAAACUUAUGAAUUAUAUACAGUAAACUUUUAAAAAGUUGCAAUAUGAUAUGCCAGGUAAUGUUUACAUGAAAAUUAUUUAUUAUACCACCUUUAGACACUACAUUUUUAUCCUUUUUGGAGGAUUACAGUGGUAUGGAUGAUGGUGGUGUAGUCAUUGGUUUUCAUGAUUAGGGAAUGUAAACUAAGAGAUCAGAGUUGCAUUAUAUAUCAUUUUCAUGUGUUACAUAUUCAUCUCAUAAUUUUUUCCUGUCUUGGCUUUUCCUGAUGUUCAGGUGAUCUAAACUAGUUUGCCACAACUCAUGUAGAAAUCAUACCACCAUUCAUAUGAAGACAACUCUGUGAAAUUGUUGCAUUCCCAAUAUCCUUCUCAUACAGCCCGGAGCGUGUUGGCUACUCUGGACUGCUUGUAAUGCUAGAAGCAAGCAAGUUCACUGUAUCCUCACAUCCUUUUUGAAGUACAAGGUUUUCAUCGUUUAUUUUUUUGGUGCUGAGUUGCCAGAUGCAGUUUUCUUGCGUUCUUGUAGGCCACAAUAUGCCUCUACUUACAAUAAAAGUAAAAUGCA